CAGCAAAGUCGUGGGUCCCCUGCUCGCCGCCUGACAGCUGAGAAUAUCGAUGGCGGUGGAGCGUCGUUGGCAGCGCAGCUCCCCUCGCAAGCUCACGAGGCCCUCGGUGUCGUCUUCAGCUAUCCAGCCUCUACCCCGGACAGCCCCUUGGCAGGCCAGGAGCAGCAUCGCGCGAAGCUCGACAACUUGAGGGACAUCAUCUUUGUGCCGGUGCUUCCUCAUGCGAUGGACAGCCUCGACGCCAACGACCCUUCGCACGACGAAGGCGGCGAAGAGGAAGACGUGGUGUCGGAGGCGACUGACGCGUAGCUGGCCUUUGCAC